GAUUACGUUGAGUGCUUUAUCUUUUUUUUUUUUCUUAAUUGCAUUUUAGAAAUAUACCAAAGAUGAAGUAGACUGAAACUAAAAUAGUUUUUAUUUUUUACAUUUUCUACCAAAAUACAAAUUACAAGCAUGGUGAUACUUGAAAGAAACCUUCUCGCAGAAAACUUCAAAUCAAUACCUGGAUGGACCAGAUUUUUGUAUAUUUCUGUUUUUUAUACAUUUAAAUAUGUCAUGGGACUUUUUUUGUCAAUAAGAUUUUAUUUAUAAAGAAUCUUUGUCAUCUCUCUUGAGAUGACAAUCACAGCAGUGUUAUGGCUCUGUUAGGCUCUGUUAGUCUGUAAAAAGAAAAAAAGAAAAAAGUUAAAAAAAGAAACUUGGAAUCAUUGUUUCUCCAAGAGAAAACAAUAACAUCUAACAAUUAUUUUUCAAAUAUUUGUAGAAAGUGUCCCGGGUCACUUUUAUUCUACCACAUUAGUGGAAUGCCAUUUUUUGCUCUCAAUUUCCAUUUGAUUUCUCUGAAUAAGCAGACAUCUUCUGACUAAACACCAUCUUUUUAGAGUUUGAACCCUGUCACUUCCCAAUGCAGUGAAAUAGAAACACCGUCAACCACAGGGUUUAUGUGGACGUCGAGCUUAGGUUCCAUCCCUUUGCCUUGACCACAUGUUAAACAAGUGAUAAUAAUAAUAGAACAGAAUCUUUACUGAUAUAAAAUUGUCUGAGGCUGCAAAAUCAUCUACAGCUAACUCAAAGUGUUUUAAUAACAGUAGGACGAAAAGUUCAGAAGAUGAAGAGAAUGAAGCCAGAAGUCUGGAUCUACAUCAUGGGUUUUUCUGAUUGACUCUAAUGCAUCAAAAUGAGAUGGAAUGUUCCACAUCUACAUGGUUAUUAUCACACCACCAACCCACCCUGAGUGUAUUGUCACAGAAUAAUGGUCAUGGAAGAUGGGUUUUGUUUAGUCAUGUGACAGUGAUAGAAAUGCAGCAAAGGAUUGUGGGGAGUUAAACUGAUGAAGUCACCAGUAGGGUUGUUGUUUUUUAAAAAGGUUGUGAAAUAUUUACUUAUAUAUACUUAUAUAACUGAUACUUACCAAUAUAUUGUUAAGUAUCAGUUAUUAGCCAUAACAGCAAUAUUAAUAUUGGAUAAGGAUAUCAGGCCAAAUCAUCAGCCCUCUAGGCACUGCUGCCACAGCAGCCAAAUUUCACACCAGAUUCCCUUACUGACUCUACGGUAGGGGGAAAGGCUCAAACCAAGUCUGCAGCCAAGCACCUCUACCAACCAAUGUGACCUCUGAAAGUGUACUUCAGGGAAUUUAUUCUUGCUUCACCCUUAAACAUCUUGCCAUGUCUGCAGAAUAAACAAACAAACAGGGUGAGGCUGCUGUGGCUGGAGGGCCCUCAGAAUCUAACUCUGCUUUGGGCCCCAGUUAACCUUGGACAGGCCCUGAAUAAAUGUGCCAUUUUAUUACUCAAUAUUGGACGAUGUUCACUAUUGGCAUAUUUACAAAUGUGUCCAUUGAUUAUACAUGAUAUAUAAAUCUGAAUGUAUUUAUUGAGAAUUGAAUAACUACAAGAAGGCAGGGCCAGCCCAAGCCUUUUUGGGGCCCUAAGCAGAUCUUUAAUGGGGCCCCCCAUACCAACAUGACAAUCAUAUUCUUUAUUGCUGCUAAACUGCUCUAUGUGUCUAACAUAGAGUAGCUAUGUGUGUUACAUAGCUAUUCUGAUCCAUUAUUAGCACUGGUAUGAUGUAAUUAGCUUACAUCAUACCAGUGUUAUUAUGGCUGUUGGUUUUAACCUUACAUGAGUAGCAAACUAAAAAAAAUUUUUUUUGAAAUGCAGGUCGGUAUUUAAGUGGGUCAUAUUAUUUUAAUUAUUUGAAAGUAAUAAACAUUCAAUUUACAGUAAACAAGUUAAGUUGGUUAGCUUACAUUUCCCCAGCAGUGGCAGCAGCAAACAGCAGGAAGCAAAUCCAACUAUUUUUUUUACAACUGUAAAAAAUUGUAUAGGCUAUAAAUAGUUUUUUGAUGUGUAAUAGCCUUUCUUUUCUUUCUUUUUUUUUUCAAUGUUAUUUGGCAUGUAUAGAUAUAUAGGUGGUGUUCUUGGGGUCCCCCAGCAGCCACUUAACUCGCAUGUGCUUUGGGCCGCCUCUGCUAGAAGGAAAUUCAUCUUUUCAGAUCGUCAGCUAUUAAGUGGAGCUGAGUGUUUCCUACUGCACUUGAAGGCAGCAGAUAGAGCAGACGCUGACUGAUCUUCACAAGCUCACCAGCAGACACAACGUUUACAGCAAACCUCAUCCUUAAAAAAAAAAAAGAAAGAAAGAAAGAAAGCUCUGGGACAGAUUGACAGUGAGCUGGAGUCAGGAUGAACACGGAGGAGACUAAUGUGGAGAUGAAGGAUGCUCAGAGCAUCAGCGCGGAGCAGAAGGACGGCCCGGACGCGGCCCCGGAUGCGGCUCGGGCCGCUGUGGAUGCUGACGCUACCGAGGCUGAUGUGAGCGAGGCCGACCUGGACCAGGAGGAGCAGGAGAAGCAGCCGAUGACCGCCGAUGGAGACCGGCCCCCGGAGGCUCCUCCUGAGGACAGGGAGGAGGUGGACGCGGAGAAAAAUGGCUCCGUGAAACUGAAGAUCCUGGAUGAGGAGGAGACGUUCACCGGCCUGAACAAGGAGGAGCUGCUGCGGGUGGCGGGGACUCCUGGUUGGGUAAGAACCCGCUGGGCACUCCUGCUGGUGUUCUGGCUGGGCUGGUUGGGGAUGUUGGUGGGAGCUGUCCUCAUCCUGCUGCAGGCUCCUCGCUGCAGAGAGCUGCCGGCCACCAGCUGGUGGAACGAAGGCCCACUGUACCAGAUCGGAAACAUCCACGCCUUCACCGACACACACAACCUGAAGGGUGUGGAGCAGAAGAUGACCAGUUUGUCCCAGCUGAAGGUGAAAGGUAUUUCUGUGGUUUUGGAUUUGACUCCAAACUACCAGGGUUCAUCUGGACCCUGGUUCUCCAGAGGCAGCGUAACAAACGUAGCAGAGAGACUGAAGUCUGCCCUGGUGUUCUGGCUGAACGAAGGAGUGGACGGAGUCCAGCUGUCUGGAGUGGAGCAGCUGGCCAGCGCGGUCCCAGCCCUCUGGGCCGACAUCCGGGCCAUCGUCCAGAACGGGACAGACCAGGAUCUGAGAGGCGGGUCAGAAAGACUCCUGCUUGGCGUCACAGAAAGCUCCUCUGCUGACGGCGUGUCUGCUCUUCUGUCCUCCACUGGAGUGGACCUCCUCAUAUCCAAAGUUCUGACCGCAGGCGGCCCAGAGCCCGCCCGCUACGCCCACACCAUCCAGAGGCUCUACUCCAACCACACGCAGACCAACCUGGCCUGGAAUCUGGGGGGGCGAGACGACGGUCACCUGGCCUCAUUAGUUCCCCCAGCUCAUGUCAAACUGUACCAGCUGCUGCUGCUGACGCUGCCUGGGACGCCUGUCUUCAGCUACGGAGACGAGAUCGGCCUGAUGGACGGGGAAACCAAGUUUCCCACGAUGCUUUGGGACUUUGAAGAGGAACUGAAUGGAACUCUGCGGGAGGAUCAGGCUGACAGGCUGUCCCUCCGCAACUUCUUCCGCUCUGUCAGCGAGCUGCGGGCCAAACAGCGCUCCCUCCUUCACGGAGACUUCCUCCUCCUCUCCAACUCCUCCUCCUCUCUGGCGUACCUGCGGGUCUGGGAUCAGAACGACCGCUACCUGGCUGCCUUCAACUGGGGGCCGGAGGAGGAGGUGGUGCUGCAGAUGAGCGAAGCGGCGCUGCCUCGGCAUGCUGUCGUGGCCCUCAGCACCAACAGCAGCGCCCUCCCUGAAGGCAGCAGUGUGGACCUGACGGAGCUGCGGCUCGGCCCGGGGCAGGCCGCGCUCAUCAAGCUUCCUCACGCCGGAUAGAGGAAGACGCUUGGUGUUUGCAUUUCCUUUAUGUCCGUAUGCAUUGUGUCAACCUGCAGAGGAUGAUGCUGGAGAGCGGAGCAGAGUUGUUGUUGUGACACAUCGUGACUUCUGUUGUCUGCAGGGAUUCCCAAACUUUUCCAUGCCGCAGCCCCCCAGACUGCAUCAGCUUCUAUAGGGAAGGGCCCCCUUUGAAAAACUCGCCAAAUAUAUACAUGAACACCAACUUUGAGAAGGAUUUUCUCACGUCUAUAUUCUCUGUUCUCAAUUGUUCAUUUAGCAUAAAUGCUGCCUCACACCUCUUCAUCUUACAGUUGGCCAUCCUAUGGUUACUUGAGGAGUAAAGCAAAUUUUUUAGAUUUUUAGAUGGUUUGCUUCUAUAAAAAUAUGUGAACGUUGGCUCAGCUGUAAACAGAAGCUGCUCUCAUUUUUAUGCGCCUUGUUCAAAACUAAAUCUGCCUUAUCUCAGAGGUGAGUGGCUAACGUAAAGCUGGGCAGGAAACAUGGAAAUCCCUCCAUCUGUGUUCUGUUACUGAAACCGAUAAACUAACCAAUAGGAUUCAUUCUCUUCUUCUUUGGUCUGAUUUUACCAGGAGUUUAAGAGGUGAAUGUCUGUUUUGUCUGUAUCUGUAACACACUGUGCACUUAUGUAUUGCAUUCUGUGAAAAAUAAUAAAUUAAAAACAUACACUGUUUCCAAGCAAGCAAAAA